GCUCGGCACUUACGCAGUUGCAAUGAGUCCGCUACAGCUGGUGACCGCUCUCCUCGUAAUAUCGCUGAUUGAAUCGGGUCUUGGCCAGUUGCCUCGGAAUGGCUGUGCCCCGCGUUUCGAGUACCAGGGCUACCAGGGGCAGUACAUCGGUCUGGUGAAAGUGCGUCAUCCCUUGGUCAACAACCAGUCGCUCAUCCUUCAGUUCUCCCAGCCUGGAUAUCACGAUUUCACGGACAAUGUGGGCAAAAUUUCCAUGGUGGAUACAGAUGAGACUACCCAGAACAAUCUUCGCAAUGGCUUUCCUAUUCGAUACCGUGUCGAUUUCCCCAUACCCACAAUCCCUCCCAAGAUAACUGGCAUGCAAGUGAAUGGUAUUGAGCUUUGCGGUGGCGUAGAAUAUCCCAAGCCAAGAACAGGCAUAACUCUUUUGAUCACUUGGGUAACCUAUGGUGUCAGUCUUGUGCCUUCACCAGGCGUCUAUAGGGAGAGUGGGCCCACUCAACCAAGGAUCCCGGAUGGUGGAGAAGAUAUUUGGCGAAGUAAUGAAUCUUUUCCUACGUUUUCGAAUCCUGGAUGGGGUACUGCCACUCAGCAGGCCACUCCAAAUCGAAAUACUGUUACUCAGAACCUCAACACUAAUCCUAAUAGGGGUACAGUCCCCCAGCAGAGGAUAAACAAUCCUGUUCGGCCUACUGCACCCCAGCAGACGAUCAGAAAUACGGAUCCUCCGCAAACGUUUAGGAAUAACGAAGAGCGUGUUUCCCAGGAGACUGCAUCAUCGGAAGAGUAUCCCUGCGGUCGUGAGAGACGUCAGAAGACCAUUACUUCUCCUCUAAUCUACCAGGGAACGAGUUUGGAAAGGGGUCAACUGCCAUGGUUGGUGGCUAUCUUCGAGCGGCGGGAGAGCAAUGGACCCCGCUUCAUCUGUGGAGGUUCGCUGAUCUCGACAUCCACGGUUCUGUCGGCGGCCCACUGUUUUCGAGUUCCUGGCAAGGAUCUGCCUGCCGAUCGAUUGGCCAUCUCCCUGGGUCGAAACACCCUUGCCAUUCACUCCCCGGGAGAAUAUCGCGGGGUCACCCAGUUGAUUAUCCACGAUAGAUUCAACAUUGCGCAGUUUACUGAGGCCGAUUUGGCACUGGUCAGAUUGGAUAGCCCAGUAGGAUAUUACGACUACGUAAUACCCAUUUGCCUGUGGAGCCCUAGGAACCAAAUGGAACUGCCGCAGGGUCACAAGACCUAUGUGGCUGGCUGGGGACCGGAUGAGUCGGGAAACGGCCAUUCGGAUGUGGCCAAGGUCACCGACCUGAACAUCGUAAUCGAGUCGAGCUGCCGCCUGGAGCUGGCCAAAGAACUGGUGCAGCCGAGCAGUCUGUGUGCCAAGAGAGCGGGAGCAGGACCUUGUACCAGCGAUGGAGGUGGCCCAUUGAUGCUCAAGGAACAGGAUGUUUGGGUGCUAAGGGGAGUGACCUCGGCGGGUCAAAUCGACGAGGAGAAGGGCACCUGCGAUCAUAGCUUACCAUCCGUGUUCACCGAUGUGGCCAAGCACAUCGACUGGGUGCGUCGAAAUAUGUGGAACUGAAAGGAAGAUGGGGUGUGCCAGAGAUCCUCAUGAAUAUAUGUAUGGCAGCCACGUAACUGGAAGGUCCAAGAGUGCGGUCCGCGCUACGGGUAUUUCUAACUGGAUUCAUUAAUCAUUGGAAAAAUAAAUCAGUCAUGCACAGCUUGUAUACACUGCAAA